AUGGCCACCCAGCCAAAAGAAAGGAAGUGCACCAUGGAAUCCUGCGUUCUCUGGAUGGAAUCAGAUUUCCUAGGGCGACCAGGACCAAUCGGAAUUCAAGGUCCAACAGGUCCUCAAGGAUUUGCUGGCCCUAGUGGUUUAUCAGGGUUGAAAGGAGAAAGGGGCUCUCCAGGCCCCCUGGGACCAUAUGGACCAAAAGGAGAUAAGGGUCCCAUGGGAGUUCCUGGCUUUCUAGGCAUCAAUGGGAUUCCGGGCCACCCUGGACAGCCUGGGCUCAGAGGCCCACCUGGCCUGGAUGGCUGUAAUGGAACUCAAGGAGAUGUUGGAUAUCCAGGCCCUGACGGCUAUCCUGGGCUUCUCGGACCACCCGGGUUUCCUGGUCAGAAAGGCUCUAAAGGUGAACCUGUCCUUGCCCAAGGUAGUUUCAAAGGAAUAAAGGGGGAGCCUGGAUUGCCUGGACUGGAUGGAAUCACUGGUCCACAAGGAGCACCCGGACCUCCAGGAGCUGUAGGACCCAUGGGACCACCAGGAUUGCAAGGUCCUCCAGGUCCCCCUGGUUUACCUGGUCCUGAUGGGAAUAUGGGGUUAGGUUUCCAAGGAGAGAAAGGAGUCAAGGGGGAUGUUGGCCUCCCAGGUCCUGCAGGACCCCCACCAUCUACUGGAGAAUUGGAAUUUAUGGGAUUUCCCAAAGGGAAGAAAGGAUCCAAGGGUGAGCCAGGGCUCCCAGGUUUACCAGGAAUACAUGGCCCACCAGGUCUCCCGGGAUUUGGAACUGCUGGAGAAAAGGGAGAAAAGGGAAUCCCUGGCUUGCCAGGACCUAGGGGUCCAAUGGGUUUAGAAGGACUCCGAGGCCCUCCAGGGAGUCAGGGCAAGAAAGGGUCCUCAGGUUUCCUUGGGUUUAAUGGAUUCCCAGGAAUUAAGGGUGAAAAGGGUGGCAUUGGACUGCCAGGCCCAGAUGUUUUCAUUGAUACAGAAGGUGCUGUGAUCUCAGGUUAUCCUGGAGACCCUGGUAUGCCAGGUUUCCCAGGACUUAAAGGAGAUGAAGGCAUCCAGGGCCCACCUGGCCCUUCCGGCAUCCCUGGCUUGCCAUCUUUACCAGGUGUCCCAGGUGCCCUAGGAAAUCAAGGAGUUCCAGGUCUCAAGGGGGACAAAGGAAACCCAGGCCACACCACAGUUGGGGCAGCUGGCCCCCCUGGCAGAGAUGGCUUGCCAGGCCUACCAGGACUACCAGGCCUACCCGGUCGAGCAUUUGACACUGGGACACUACAGAACACAGAGCCAGGGUUUCCUGGUCUCCAAGGAGAACGAGGUCCAAAAGGAAACCCAGGCCUCAAAGGAAUAAAAGGGGACUCGGGAUUCUGUGCUUGUGAUGGUGGUGUCCCUAACAUUGGACCACCUGGGAAGCCAGGCCUGCCUGGGCCACAAGGUCUCAUUGGCCUUCCAGGCCUUAAAGGAACCAGAGGAGAUCCAGGCUCUGGUGGUACACAGGGCCCAUCAGGGACUCCAGGUUUAUUUGGACCUCAGGGUCCUGCAGGCCCCAAAGGACAGAAAGGGGAGCCAACUGUAAGUUCAAGAUCCGGAAUGCCAGGGGAGCAGGGUGAUCCUGGCCCCCAGGGGCUCCCUGGUGAGACAGGAACCCCAGGCAAGGAUGGAGUACCAGGUUUACCAGGUCUGCCAGGCCUCCCAGGUGAUGGUGGACAGGGCUUCCCAGGUGAGAAGGGGUUGCCAGGACUUCCUGGUGAAAAGGGCCACAGUGGUCCAACUGGUCCCCCAGGAAUUGGACUGCCGGGAUCUCCCGGACCUCGUGGGCUUCCUGGAGAUCAAGGAAUAGAUGGAUUUCCAGGGAAGCAAGGCCUCCCUGGGCUUCCAGGAAUCACCUUGCCGUGUGUAAUUCCUGUGACAUAUGGUCCAUCAGGCUUACCAGGAACUCCCGGAUUCCCAGGCCCUAAAGGGGUCCGUGGCCUCCCUGGGAUUUCAGGCCAACCUGGAUUGCGUGGUAAUAAAGGAAAGCCUGGAAAUCCAGGAUUAGUUCACCUUCCUGAACUGCCAGGAUUUCCUGGACCUCGUGGGGAGAAGGGCUUGCCUGGGUUUCCUGGGCUCCCCGGAAAAGAUGGCUUGCCUGGGAAAAUUGGCAGUCCAGGUUUACCAGGUUCCAAGGGAGCCCUUGGUGACAUCUAUGGUGCUGAAAAUGGUGCUCUGGGGGAGCAAGGCCUGCAGGGAUUGCCAGGAGAACAAGGAUUUCCUGGAGACCCUGGCCUUCCAGGACCCAAGGGUCUGCCUGGGACGUCAGGCUUGCUGGGCCCCAAAGGUGAACGGGGCAGGCCUGGAACACUAGGCCAUGGCGGACAGCCAGGGUCCCCAGGGCCUGAUGGUCGAUUCGGCAUCAAGGGCAAACCCGGGCUCCCAGGAGCACCAGGCUUUCCAGGCCCUUCAGGACAUCCUGGAAAGAAAGGUUUAAGAGGCGAGACAGGUCCCCCUGCAUCAACUGGAAAGAGAGGCUCGCCUGGGCCAAAAGGCCUUCCAGGAUCUCCAGGGCUGACUGGCUUCUUGGGGAACUCAGGCUUGCCAGGGAGCACUGGGUCGCCAGGACUGCCAGGUCCGAAGGGUGAGAAAGGCUCUGCUGGGCUGGUAGGUUUUCCAGGGAUAUCAGGUCUCCCUGGGAUUCCUGGUGCAAGUGGAUUGAAGGGAAUUUCUGGGUCAGCUGGAAGAAUGGGACCAUCUGGACAGGCUGGUAGUGCUGGUGAAAAAGGAGACAGAGGCGACCCGGGGCCAGCUGGAGUACCCAGUCCACGCCCUCCAAUGUUGCACCUCCGGUUCAAAGGAGACAAAGGCUCUAGAGGCUCAGCUGGAUCUGACGGAUUUCCUGGGCCCAGAGGUGACAAAGGAGAGCCUGGCCUCCCAGGGCCACCAGGCUUGCCUGGAGUUCCCGGCUUCCCCAGUACCAUCAAGGGACUUAAUGGGAAACCAGGCCCUCCUGGCUCACCUGGACUACGGGGCUUACCCGGCCUGAAAGGGUCUCCUGGAAUCACAGGUUUCCCAGGAAUACCAGGAGCAAGUGGUUCACAGGGUCUCAAUGGAGUUCCGGGACUCCCAGGAGCAUUUGGUCUUCCGGGUUCAAAAGGAGAUCAAGGCCAGACCCUUGGAAUUUCCGGUAGCCCAGGACUCAAGGGACAACCUGGGGAAUCUGGAUUUAAAGGCAUGCAAGGAAAAGAUGGACUAUCUGGUGAUGUGGGUUUCCCAGGAAGCAAAGGUGAAGAUGGAAAAGUUGGUAUUUCUGGAGACAUUGGCCUUCCUGGCUCCCCAGGACUCCCUGGGAUUGCAGGCAUGAGAGGAAGUCCAGGACUACCGGGUUCUGCAGGCCGUCCAGGGGCAACUGGGCCCCUGGGAGCCCCUGGCCUGAUAGGAACCAAAGGUUUCCCUGGACUUCCUGGUUUACAUGGACUGAAUGGGCUUCCAGGAACCAAGGGAACCCAUGGAACUCCAGGACCUAGUAUAACCGGUGUGCCUGGGCCAGCUGGCCUGCCUGGUCCCAAAGGGGAAAAAGGUUCUCCGGGAAUUGACAUCGGAGCCCCAGGGAAGCCAGGAAUGAAAGGACAGAGAGGUGGCCGAGGUUUCCCAGGCCUCCAGGGUCCUGCUGGUCUCCCCGGUGCCCCGGGCCUCUCCUUGUCUUCAGUCAUAGCAGGACAGCCUGGCGACCCUGGGCAACCAGGCCUAGAUGGAGAGCGAGGCCGCCCAGGCCCUCCAGGGACCCCAGGGCCCCCUGGGCCAUCCUCCGAUCAAGGUGACCCUGGAGACCCUGGCUUCCCUGGAAUUCCUGGCCCUCAAGGGCCAAAGGGAGACCAAGGAAUUCCAGGUUUCUCUGGCCUUCCUGGAGAGCUAGGACUGAAAGGCAUGAGAGGUGAGCCUGGCUUCAUGGGGAUUCCAGGCAAGGUUGGGCCACCUGGAGACCCAGGACUUCCUGGGAUGAAGGGGAAGGCAGGGCCAAGAGGCUUUUCUGGACUCAGGGGAGCUCCUGGACAAACACCAACUGCGGAAGCUGUCCAGGUUCCUCCAGGAUCCAUGGGUCUUCCAGGCAUCGAUGGCAUCCCUGGCCUCACGGGAGACCCUGGGUUUCAAGGCCCUGUGGGCCUACAAGGCUUCAAAGGUUUGCCUGGCAUCCCUGGCAAAGAUGGUCUCAAUGGACUCCCCGGCCCACCUGGGCCUCUUGGUGAUCCUGGCCUCCCUGGACUGCAAGGCCCUCCAGGAUUUGAAGGAGCUCCAGGGAAGAAGGGUCCUUUCGGGAGGGCUGGAAUGCCUGGGCAGAGCGUGAGAGUGGGUUACACCUUGGUGAAGCACAGCCAGUCGGAACAGGUGCCCAUGUGCCCCGUCGGGAUGAGCCAGCUGUGGGUGGGUUACAGCUUGCUGUUCGUGGAGGGGCAGGAGAAAGCCCACAACCAGGAUCUGGGGUUUGCUGGCUCCUGCCUGCCCCGCUUCAGCACCAUGCCUUUCAUCUACUGCAACAUCAAUGAAGUGUGCCACUAUGCCAGGCGCAACGAUAAAUCUUACUGGCUGUCCACCACUGCCCCCAUUCCCAUGAUGCCCGUCGGCCAGACCCAGAUUCCCCAGUACAUCAGCCGCUGUUCUGUGUGCGAGGCGCCCUCACAAGCCAUUGCUGUGCACAGUCAGGACAUCAGCAUCCCGCAGUGCCCCCUGGGCUGGCGCAGCCUCUGGAUCGGGUACUCCUUCCUCAUGCAUACUGCCGCUGGCGCCGAGGGGGGAGGCCAGUCCCUGGUCUCACCUGGCUCCUGCCUGGAGGAUUUCCGUGCCACUCCUUUCAUCGAGUGCAGUGGGGCCCGGGGCACCUGCCACUACUUUGCUAACAAGUACAGUUUCUGGCUGACGACGGUGGAAGAGAGGCAGCAGUUUAGGGAGGAACCUGUGUCUGAAACACUGAAGGCUGGGCAGCUCCACACCCGGGUCAGCCGCUGCCAGGUGUGUAUGAAAAGCCUGUAGGGGAAGACACCUGCCACCCUGCCCCUUGCCCUCCCCUUCCCACACAACAGUCACCUCACAAACCCCAACAAUCUGAAGAAGGAAGGCCCAACACUAUUGCCUACCUGUCAAGUUGUACGUUGGAGUCGCAUUUGGGCUGGAUUACUGGACACUGGUCGCCCCAACCCUCAGGCCCAAGGGGUGAGCCCACCUACCGAGAUCUGCUGUCCCAUUUCAGUCAACCUGGUGCUACUGUUUGAUCUGGAUGUUUGUGUGAUGAUUCAUGGCUACCUCAGAAAGACCCACUGGGCUACUGCUUCCUCAGACCACUGGCUUGAUCAGAAAGCUCUUCAUAAUAGCUGAUUAAGUCACCUCUUUAUGUCCAGAGAGUACCACGCAUUAUUUGGCUUAAACCAGAACCCAGUGUUUCCACAUUAAAAACAAGAAUUCUCUGGCUAAACGUUCAUGGAUGGCUCAAGCCUGCAUGGGGCAAGCUCUCACUCUUCAAGGAGGUGCACUGUGUCUAGGCAGGCAGCAGACCUGGCAUGGGGGCCAGCUGGUAGCCCGGGGCCAGCUUUGCCUCCUGGGAGGGUGAGCACAACUGGGUGCCAUAGUGUUCAGGGGAGCAGCUCAUUAACUUCAUAGGGCCCUGGACAAAUCACUUCCUCCUUGCUGGCUCCCUCCCAGGCCCGAGACCCAGGACUCGGCCUGGUCCACAGUAGAGCAGAGGAUGCCCCAAAUGCAGCCAGGCAUAUAAAGGGCAAUGAGAACCACAGCCCUGUGUCCCAGGCUGCAAGGAGAGAGGUGCUGAGUAAGGAGGUGUGAAUUUUGCUUUUGACUCCAGGAAUGAAAAGACAAAUCCCCUGUCCCAAUUUCUCAAAAGUCCCUGUUUAUUUCAAAUGACAUCCAGAUGUGUGCAAUGUGGCAGAUCGAAGAUCUGGUGUUUUGGGUCCUUUACACUUUGAGGCUGUUGUUACAGACUUUCCACUAAAAUGUCCAUCCAACUGCUCUUUCACAGGUAGCCUGUUAAGUGACUUUAAUACAUUUUUAAGCCUCAUCAAAAUCGAGCACACUCCUUUCUUCAGCAGUUGGCAGACCUAAAGCAAACCUGAGUUGACUAUAAAGUGCACUGUAUUCUGUGCAGAGGGAUGUGUUUUCACCAUUUUCUGUAAUUAUCAGUUUCCCAGAAUACUUAGCUUUGUUGACAUGAGGUGAUUCCUUCCAGGUGAUUCUAUUUCUUUAAAUAUUAUGUAAACUGUGCCAACACAGACCAAGCAUAAUUAGUAUAAUCUGAGUUAUUGUUACCUUUACCUCCUAUCUCAGUAAUAAGCAUGGUGUCAGCCUUGUACAUUGCAAAUAAAAGGAAUUAAAUAUCAA